GAGUCGAGCUUCUCUUCGUGGGCGAGCCAGCCGACGAUGGUCUGCGAACCAAGCUGGCCGUUGCGCUGAUGAGGGCGCUGCAGGAUGGUUCCUUACAACAGCACUUGGACAAGGCCAAGACGGUUCCCCGAAGUCAAGUGCAGGCGCUUCGCCAGGAGGUUGUCCAGCUCAGACGACAACUGAGGACGGCAGAGGUCAGCGGCUCGCCGACGCCAAGCACGCCGUGCAAGGGCGCCUUGAGGACUGGGAUUCCGCAAUCUGACAAGCAGAAGGUCAAUUUUCUGGCCGAUGGAGAGCCUGUUGUGCAGGCUCAGGAGGAUUUCAGGCAGCUGAUGGAAGAGAAGGAAAAACUGGCUGCAGACUUGGCUCGCGCUCAAGCUAAGCUCAAGGAUUAUGAAGAGGAGAGGUCCCGCAGACCGGGACCCCACAGAGAAGCUUUGCCGGAAGCGACAGCUCGCACGGAGCAAAAAACAGAGCAGGCAAUACACCUGAAUGAGCUUGCUGCGAAGGAACCCUUGUUGGCACAAGCCCGGGAGGAAGCCAGGAGAGCGGAAGAAGAACAUGCCGCAGAGAAGGAGCGAUGGAUGAAAGAAAUGGCGGAGUUGGCGCGGCCAUUGGAUCUUCAGGAAGAGGUCAGUGAGGCCAGACAGCUGAGGUCUGCCCUGGAGAUGCGAGAAAAUGUGGCCGCAGAGUUUCGGAAACAGCUUUGGGAGGUUAGGGAAGAGCUUCAAGUGGCGGAAUCGAUGGGCUUUCAGCCAAACAAGGCCUUGGGUCAGGGCUUGAGCGAAAAUGCCAUGGACCGAGCUUUGCGAGAAGAGCAAGACUUGGCCAAGCAUCUUCGCCAGGAGCUUUCAGAGGUUGAGACAGCAGCCAUCACAACAGCAGAGGCAGCGGAGGCUCGCAUUAUUCAGAUCGAAGCCCUGGAUCGCCGGGGAAGGAUGGCCCUUCACAUGGCCGAAACCGCGGCCGAAAAGGAGGCCGCUCUGAAAGACGAUGCCAUCAAAGCUGCUUGUGAGGCUGAAGCCCAAGUGCAAAAUAUGCUGAGAGAAGUGCAACGCAUGCAGCAUGAAGUCUACGAACAAAGCCAGGCCUGUUAUCGUGAGAGUGCUGUGUGUGAUGGGCUACGACGAGCUCUGAUGAAUUCGGUGGAAGAGGAAAUGGCACAAGAGGCCUUACAUGCUGCGACAUCGGCUUCGUCACCAAAAUCGCCCAGAUCCCCACGACCCACUCCUGCUGUGCCAAGUGCACAGGCGCCAAGUUCCAGCAACGACUCACCGCCCUGUCCUCCUCAGCUGGGCCGUGGGCCGAGUGGGACGACUCUGGCGUUUCCGAAGCCAGCGACGCAAGGUCCCUGCGCAAGCUUUGCCAGUCGACUCUCCAACAGGGAGGAUCUGAAGCAUGAUCUCAUGUCUCCCUCAGAAGUGAAAUCCUGGAUGGCCCAGGAUCCCUCAACUAUCUCACAGCCUUCCUUACUCAGUGCUGCAGCGAAGGAGGCUGCGAGUCUGCGAAAGGAAGCUGAACAACUCCGCCAUGAGGUCCGCCACUGGCGAGCCUCGCGACCGCUGCGUGCCGACCCGACGCCACCCGCGGGCGAGAUUCAGACGGCGACUGCUGGCACAGCUCCGCUUCGCAGUGAAGGCUCCAUGAGGUCCGAAGCCAAAGUGCUGAAGAACCGCGAGGCUCCCUCUGCGCAAGUCCCAACUUUGCCGGAGCAACCACCACCUCGACCCCCGUUGGGAUGAUGGCGCAACGCGCUGAGCA